AUGGUGACUGCCAAGGCGUGGGUGCUGAAGAAGCAUUUUGAAGGUUUCCCCCAGAACAGCAACUUUGACCUGAAAAAGAUAGAGCUGCCAAACCUAAAGGAUGGAGAGUUGCUGCUUGAAUCAGUGUUUCUCAGUGUUGAUCCUUACAUGAGACCUUACAGUCAAAGGGACAUGAAGGAAGGGGACAUAAUGAUAGGCACGCAGGUUGCCAGGAUUGUAGAAAGCAAGAAUCCUGCUUUCACAGUGGGGUCCUUUGUGGUGGCUAACAGAGGCUGGAGAACUCAUUUCAUCUCUGAUGGGAAAGACCUACAACUCCUUCCCUCCAGUUGGCCAGAAUCACUUCCCAGAUCUCUAGCUCUUGGGACAGUUGGCAUGCCAGGCCUCACUGCAUAUUUUGGUCUGCUGGAGGUCUGCAAGAUGAAGCCAGGAGAGACAGUGCUGGUUAAUGCUGCAGCUGGUGCUGUGGGCUCUGUGGUGGGGCAGCUUGCUAAAAUUGGGGGUUGCAAAGUGGUUGGCUGUGCUGGCUCAGAUGACAAGGUUGCCUAUCUGAAAAAACUGGGCUUUGAUGAAGCCUUUAAUUACAAGACAGUUACAUCUCUGGAUGAAGCACUGCGUAAAGCCUCUCCUGAUGGCUAUGACUGUUUCUUUGACAAUGUGGGUGGAGAAUUUGCCAGUAUUGCUAUCAACCAGAUGAAGAAAUAUGGAAGGAUUGCGAUCUGUGGAGCCAUCUCUCUGUACAAUGACUCUGUGCCUCAGAAAGGGGCUUAUGUGCAGGUUCCAAUGAUCUUCAAAGAGCUUCAAAUGGAAGGGUUUAUUGUGAGCCGCUGGAACAACCGCCGGGAAGAAGGUGUGAAGACACUGCUAAAGUGGGUUGUGGAGGGAAAACUGAAGUACCAUGAACACGUCACUAAAGGAUUUGAGAACAUGCCAAUGGCUUUCAUUGGAAUGUUAAAGGGAGAAAAUCUUGGAAAAGCCAUUGUGAGAGUUUGAGUGUCAGAUAUUCCUGGGAGGCUGGCACAGGAGAAUGUGAUUCUGUUAAAUGCUCUAUAAUUCACUUGUCAAAAUGUACAACCAGUAUGUUUCAGUC